UUAAUAUCGGAUAAACGCCCUUUUGUUGAUAAUGUGACAGUUAUUCACUGCUUACGUCAUUUUGUUUAUUAAGUAUAUUUUGUGAAUGUGGUUCUAUACAACUGUCAGCAUGUUUACGCUAGUCUUAGCCUUUAAUAUUCGGGAGAUGUGAAGGAUGUGUUUUUAGCCUCCCAGCUAACGCAGCUAGCAGCAUGGCUCAUAGUGCCAGGAGAGACUCCCCGGAGCCCCCUGACUUCUCUCUGCUCAAGAGGCUGGCCAGAGAUCAGCUCAUCUACCUGCUGGAACAGCUACCGGGGAAGAAGGACCUCUUUAUCGAGUCGGACUUGAUGAGUCCGCUGGAUCGUAUUGCCAAUGUAUCAACACUAAAGCAACAUGAAGUCGAUAAACUCUACAAAGUGGAAUAUAAACCUAUUGUCAGCACCUCAGAUCAGUUGUGUUUUCUGAUCCGGCCAAGAAUACAAACUGUCAAAUGGAUAUGUGAUGUGGCCAACGCAGACAAGGCAGUAGGAAAGUUUAGGAGAUACAAGAUCAUUUUUACCCCUCAGAAGUUUUAUGCGUGUGAGGCGGUGCUGGAGGAGAAGGGAAUCUUUGGAGACGUGACGACUGACGAGUGGUCGUUCUACCUCCUUCCUCUGGACGAUGACAUCAUCAGUCUGGAGCUGCCGGAGUUCUUCAGAGACAACUUCCUGGCUGGCGACCAGCGCUGGGUGAGGACGGCUGGCAGCGCUCUUCACCUGCUGCACUCGCUCUACGGCCCGUUCUCUAAGGUCUACGGCAUCGGACGAUGUUCCAAGAUGGCGUACGAGUCGUGGAGGGAGCAGGUGGAAGAGGGAGAACAGAGAGCUCGUCAGGCUGAAAUAGGAAAAGUUUUUCUCAUCGACAGAGAUGUGGACUUUGUCACUCCUCUGUGCUCACAAGUCGUCUAUGAAGGAUUGGUGGACGAUAUAUUUAGAAUCAAAUGUGGAUGUGUGGAGUUCGGUCCUGACGUUACCUCCUCUGACAAAAGUAUUAAAGUGAUGCUGAACGCUCAGGAUAAGGUCUUCAAUGAAAUCAGAAACGAGCAUUUCUCCAACGUCUUCGGCUUCCUCAGUCAGAAAGCCAGGAAUCUGCAGACUGCAUAUGAUAAGCGCCGGGGGAUGGACAUAAAACAGAUGAAGACGUUUGUAUCAGAGGAACUAAAAGGAUUAAAACAGGAACAUCGUCUGUUGAGCCUGCACAUCGGAGCUUCUGAAUCGAUCAUGAAGAAGAAGACGAGGCAGGAUUUUCAGGAGCUGCUGAAGACAGAACACUCUUUACUUGAAGGAUUCGAAAUCCGUGAAAGCAUUUCUUACAUAGAGGAGCACAUCAACAGACAGGUUUCCAUGAUAGAAAGUCUGCGGCUGCUUUGUCUUCUGUCUAUCACAGAAAACGGACUUCUGCCAAAAGAUUUCCGCUCAUUAAAAGCACAAUAUCUACAGAGCUACGGAGUGAACCACCUGUUCACAUUUGCCAACCUGAAGCAGCUGGGUCUGCUGGUGGAGCAGCAGCCGGGGGAAACGCUGACUGUGAUGGAAAGCAAAGUGGGAAAACUGGUCAACGACAAAACUGCAGGAAAGCUGACUGACGCCUUCUCUUCUCUGGCCAAGAAGAGUCAUUUCAGAGCCCUGAGCAGAAAGCUCAACCUGGUGCCAAAGUCAGAUGAAGAAUAUGACCUGCGAGUCCCACGAGACAUGGCCUACAUCUUCAGCGGCGCCUACGUCCCUCUGAGCUGCAAACUCAUCGAGCAGGUGUUGGAGCGUGAUGGCUGGACGGGGCUUGAAGAAGUCACCAGGCUGCUGAAUGGACAUGAAUUUGCUGUUACAGGUAACAACGGAGCGGAUCUGAAAGCGAAGAACGACGCUCAGCGCAUCGUCCUCGUCAUGUUCCUCGGCGGCUGCACCUUCUCUGAGAUCUCAGCUCUGCGUUUCCUCGGCAGAGAGAAAGGUUGUAAAUUCAUUGUGGUAACGACUGCAAUUACAAACAGUUCAAGGCUCCUCGAGACUUUGCUUGACAACCACGUUUGAAUCCCGUCAUGAUAACAGAAACUGAGACAUUCCUGCAGCAGCUCGUCACGCAUUCCCUCCAGCACACAGAUGGAAAAUGUUCACUUCCGGUCUGUGUCUCACAACGAAGCAACUGUAAACAUGUACAAAGUCAAUAAAUGUUUUUAA